CGAAGAGGAGAAGAGAAAAAAUCGCUCAAUCUGACAACGCUGGUGACGCCAUGCAUUUGAUCGAGCCAAUUUUUAUGAUACUUGAAUUUCACAUUGAAUCCAUAUCACUAAUAUAAUCAUUGACAUAGCUACUAACCUUUUGCUUCCAAUUGCGUACUUACACUCUUGUGUAUCUGCGAUAACAAUAUUUAGCUUUGAAAUUCACUUCAGUGUACAAAUAUAUUCGCGUUGGCGGCCAACAUUAAUUUCUGUACGCGGGCAGAAACACAAGUGUUCGUUAGCAUUUAAUAAUAUUCGAAGCGGAGUUCUUUUUGUUACUUUAUUUGGUUAAUUUUUUGGUUUUAUCAUACGCUCGAAGGUUUGAAAAUGUGUGAAGCGCUUAAAGGAUUAUCUUAUCAUAUAAAUUUCUCCAAUCUUAAGUAGCGAACUAGUCAUUCGAGUGUUCGUGAAUUCUACGAGAAGUGUAAAUUAAAGACAUGAUCAUCACGAUUUUAUUGGUAGUACUUCUUGCAAUCUGUUUGCAUUACUACCUGUUGCAUUUCGGAAAGUAUGGAAGGGUAAUGAACUUGAUACCUGGCCCACCGGCUGUGCCCAUUUUUGGAAAUCUUCUAGAUUUUCUCGUUUCACCACCUGGAGUAUGGACGAAGUCAAGGGAACUGAACAAGCAGUAUUAUCCCAUAUUCAAGCUCUGGUUGUUUUGGGAAGCCCAUGUAUGUAUCCGCCAUCCGGACGACAUCGAGACACUCAUAGGACAAUCUAGAUUCACUCAGAAGAGUAAUGUAUAUAGAAUAACCUUGCCAUGGUUCAGCACCGGACUUCUUACCAGUGCAGGUCGCAAAUGGCACACACGCAGGAAGAUACUAACACCUGCUUUUCAUUUUAAUAUGCUUCGGGAAUUUACCGACGUUUUCAUCCAAGAAGGAGAACGGUUGAUCGAGAAACUAAAGAGUGAAGGAAGGCCUGUUGUUAAAGAUCUGAAGAUGUUGAUCAGCGAGCAUACUUUGAAUACUAUUUGUGAAACUGCAAUGGGAACGUCCCUCGUUGAUAAAGGACAAUUUCAAUUUAAAUAUCGCAAAGCCGUGCACGAUGUGGGGAACACUAUGGUGUAUAGAUUACUAAGACCAUGGUUGAACUUCGAUUUUGUUUUCUUCCUUACUCCUGUAGGAAUGCUACAAUCUAGACUACUCAAAAUACUACAUGGCUUUACCAAACAGAUCAUUAAGGAACGUGAGGAGUAUCACGAUAAGACCAACGGUCGUUAUCUAGCUGAUUUCGACGGCAAUGCGAACGAAGAUAUUGAUGAUAUGACAUGCAGUAUUCGCAAAAAGAGGCUUGCCAUGCUCGAUUUACUUCUAUCGGCUCAUCGACAAAAUCUAAUAGACGACGAAGGCAUUAGAGAAGAAGUCGACACGUUUAUGUUCAGGGGACACGAUACCACGGCAGUAUCCCUUUGUUUCACUAUAAUGCUUUUGGCUGAACAUCCAGAGAUUCAGGAUCGAGCCAGGAUUGAGGUGCAAAAGAUAAUGGAAGCGAGCAACGGAAAGUUAAGUAUGUCCGAUCUUCAAAAAUUACCAUAUCUCGAAAUGUGCAUCAAGGAGUCGCUAAGACUUUAUCCAAGCGUGCCUUUCAUAUCUCGUGCUCCAGAAGAGGACGUGAUGUUAAGUAAUUAUCUAGUACCUGCCCACACUACAGUGAACGUGUACAUAUACGAUACUCACAGAGACCCGAAGUUCUGGCCAAAUCCGGACGUCUUCGAUCCGGAACGGUUCACGCCUGAAAAUUCUCAUGGACGACAUCCGUACUCAUACAUACCUUUCAGCGCCGGUCCAAGGAAUUGUAUCGGGCAAAAGUUCGCCAUGCUGGAACUGAAAGCAACCUUGGCGUACCUCUUGUAUAAUUUCAUUUUCGAGCCUGUAGAUUAUCUUAAAGACGUCACUUUUGUACCAGACCUUAUCCUACAAACGGAACAUUCUUUUCGAACUAAGUUCGUUCCGCUGGAGGUUGUCGGUUGAUAAACAUUAGAACAUGAUCAGUACUUGGUACAGGAUUCGUAUUUGGUGGACUCGUUUUAUUUGUAGGGAACACGAUAAAAGAGGCGAGUUAAGUUGACGAUCACUUUUAAUAGAUGAAAUACGAAAACAAUGUACAGAUACAGAAUUUACAUUCCUAGCCGACGAAAGUUCGCUAGAUAAAAUGUUAAUUGUGUAGUAAAAAAUGAAUUAAAAAUAAAGACGAUAUACACUUAA